AUGGCUGUACCAACAAGUGGAAGUAUUGGUGAUUAUGAAAAAUUGAGAGAACAAUUAUUACAUCCAGAUAAUCCUAUUGUAUUUUUUCAAAUUACUGUAGCUGGUGCACCAAUUGGUGAUAUAAUUAUGGAAUUAUAUCAACAUAUUGUUCCUAAAACAGUAAAAAAUUUUUUACAAUUUUGUACGGGUGAAUAUCGUAAAGAUGGUAUACCAAUAGGUUACAAAGGUAGUACAUUUCAUCGUGUUAUUAAAGAUUUCAUGAUUCAAGGAGGUGAUUUUGUUAAUAAAGAUGGUACUGGUAUUGCAAGUAUUUAUGGUGGUAAAUUUAAUGAUGAAAAUUUUCAAAUGACUCAUAGUGGACCUGGAAUUUUAUCUAUGGCUAAUAGUGGACCUAAUUCAAAUGGUUGUCAAUUUUUUAUAACUUGUGCUCCAUGUGAUUAUUUAGAUGGUAAACAUGUAGUAUUUGGAAGAGUUAUUGAGGGUCUUCUUACUGUAAGAAAAAUUGAAAAUGUUGCUGUUGGUAGUGGAAACAAGCCAAAAUUAAAUGUUGUUAUUGAACAAUGUGGAGAAUUGUAA